CGUCAUUAUUUUUACCUGCAUCACCAGAGGCACGACAGGCGGAGAUCACCCUGGAAAAACAAAAUAAAACAUAGCAUAGGAGAGCGGAGCCUGGGAUUGGAGAGAGAUGGAUUUGGGUAAAUUCCAACUCACGUUUACUUGAUUAUUCGCUGUACUUUUGUUCGAAAGCCAACAUGAAAGGACUCUACUGCAAGCUCGGCGAAGCUGGGAAGGUGAAUUUUAUUAUCCAGGAGACGAAUGUACCAACGUCUAUUGGAGAUCAUCAGGUCAAAGUUCAAGUAAAAGGCUGUGCACUCAGUCCGGUCUCCAUAAAGGUGAUCGUUCGCUCGCUGUGCAGUGAUCUGAAGUUGCAGAGGGAACACAUCCCCGUCGGAAGAGAGAUAGCAGGAAUCGUCCUCCAAGUUGGGCCCAAAGUGAGCUUUUUCCAGGCUGAUGACGAGGUUGUGGGAAUCCUCCCCCUUGAUGCCGAGGUGUCUGGUCUCUGUGACGUUGUCCUUAUGGAUGAAUAUAGUUUAGUUCAGAAGCCUGAGAAGGUGAGCUGGUUUGAAGCUGCUGCAGCCAUCAAGGAUGGCCUCAGGGCCUACACGGCUCUCCACACUCUAGCCCGGAUGGCUGUGGGGCAUACACUGCUUGUGUUGGAUGGGGCCAGUCCGUUCGGGAUGCUGGCCAUCCAGCUAGCCCACUACCACGGAGUAAAAGUGCUGGCUACCGCCACGUCCCCCGAAGACCAGGCGUUCCUGGAACAGCUGCGACCGAGUGUGGGUGUGCUGGAGUCACUCGUAGUCCGGGUGAUUGGCGUUUGGGACUCAAAGGUGGACCUAGUGGACUCGUGUCUUGAAGAGACCGGAGGACUCGGGGUGGACAUAGUCAUUGAUGCAGGAGUACGACUUAAUGAAGAAGAACCUGAGGUGAAGAAACAUCUCCCACACAAACACGACAUUAUAACCCUUCUUGGUGUCGGCAGCCACUGGGUCACCACAGAAGACAACUUGCAGCUGGAUCCUCCGGACAGUCAUGUUCUCUUCCUGAAGGCAGCCUCCGUCUCCUUCCUGAACGAAGAGGUGUGGGAGUUGUCCAGGUCCAGGCAGGGCAGAUACCUCCACAUAAUGAAGGAUGUAGUGGAGAAGCUAUCGACAGGGACAUUCAGGCCACUGUUGGAAAAUCCCGUGCCUUUGUACGAAGCCACCGUUUCCAUGGAGAUGGUACAGAGAAGACAAGUCAGAAAACGGGUGGUGGUGAAGCUUUAAAGGUUUUGGAACUAGAAAUUCUGUUUCAUUGUAAAAUGAGUAGUGACAAGUAUGCCAACUUUUUUAAAGCAACAUGUUCGCAUGCACAUUUGUUACACUAAAUGAAUUAAAAAAAAAUUUUCUCGUU